CCUCCCGCCAGAGGCGUCGCUGUGCGCUGGCGCCGGCCCGGGAGCCGCGUUCCGCGGGGAGCGGGCGCUCGCGCCGAGCAGGGGUUUCAGUUUCUGGCGCGAACUUCCGCCGUUCCGAAGUUGCACGGCGAAUUGGCGCGAUGUCCGGGGACAGCAGCGGCCGCCGGUCCGAGGGCCGGGGCCGGGGCCGCGACCCGCACCGGGAUCGCACCCGCUCCCGCUCCCGCUCGCGGUCCCCGCUGUCGCCCGUGUCCCGCCGCGGCGCCGCGCCCGAGCGCAGGGAGGCCCCGGAGCGCCCGAGCCUGGAGGAGGCAGAGCCGUCGGAUUCCGGGGACGAGAUGGUGGACCCCGCGAGCUUGGAGGCGGAGACCGACCACGGCCUGUGCCGCCAGAUCCGCCAUCAGUACCGGGCGCUCAUCAACUCGGUCCAACAAAACCGAGAGGAUAUACUGAAUGCCAGCGACAAACUAACUGAGGUCCUUGAAGAGGCCAACACUCUGUUUAAUGGAGUGUCCCGGGCAAGAGAAGCAGUCCUGGAUGCCCAGUUUCUUGUUUUGGCUUCAGAUUUGGGCAAAGAGAAGGCAAAGCAGCUGCGUUCUGAUCUGAACUCGUUCGAUAUGUUGCGCUACGUUGAAACUCUACUGACACAUAUGGGUGUAAAUCCGCUAGAAGCUGAAGAACUCAUCCGUGAUGAAGAUAGUUCUGAUUUUGAAUUCAUAGUCUAUGACUCCUGGAAAAUAUCAGGCAAAACAGCAGAAAACACCUUUAAUAAAACCCAUACAUUCCACUUUCUGUUGGGUUCAAUACAAGGAGAGUUCCCUGUGCCAAAGCCACGAAGCGAUCGUCCGAGAAAAGGUCCCACGACAGAAGAGAAGAAGACCAUGCCUGACCAGUUAAGUGAAAUGGAAGAAUCUCAUCAAGAAGCAACAGAAAAGGAAGUGGAAAGAAUUUUGGGAUUAUUGCAGACCUAUUUCCGAGAGGAUCCUGAUACUCCUAUGUCCUUCUUUGACUUUGUGGUUGAUCCACAUUCUUUUCCCCGAACAGUGGAAAACAUCUUUCAUGUUUCCUUCAUUAUAAGGGAUGGUUUUGCAAGAAUAAAGCUUGACCAAGACCGACUGCCAAUAAUAGAGCCCGUUAAUAUUAAUGAAGAAAGUGAGGGAAUUGACCAAAACACCCAAAUUAGGAAUCAAGGAAUCAUAGCUUUGAGUUACCGAGACUGGGAGGAGAUCGUGAAGACCUUUGAGAUCUCAGAACCUGUGAUUGCUUCAGGCCAGAGCCAGCAGAGGCUAAGCGCCUGACGCCAGCAAAGGACUCAACUGGAUAGUGAAAUCCAAACAGGAAAGCAGCAUGUAUUGUAUAUAUUGUAUGAUUAAACAUUUUUAAAGACAGAUUGUUUUUAGUAAAAUGUAGCUUUUGAUAGUUAAUGAAUUGGUCCUGGUUGUCUUUGAUUAAAGGAAAUUCACUGCCAUAUUCACAAA